AUGAGAGUUAGCGAACUAACUAACCUUCGCCAUUGUGAUUUUCAAGGCGGAAAUUUAAGAAUUCAUGGUAAGGGCAAUAAAAUUAGGAGAACUAAAAAAGCAGGUAUUGACAAACAGAUUAGUCCUCAUACCUUUCGCCGAAGUCUUGCUACUAAUAGUAACAACAAGGAAGUGCGAUUAACUACCAUUCAGAAAGUAUCGGGACACAGUCGAUUGGAUACUACUUCCAGAUAUAUCCACAAUUCUUACGAAGAAAUCUACCAAGAUUAUAGCAAACUAUGA